UCCACAUCUCUGACAGCAACCACGACAUCAAGAAAUAAUGUCGCUCAACCUGGCAUUCACAAAGAUCUUGGGAAUGCUCAAGUUACUCCAGGAGCCAAAGCUCAUCAGAGACUUCAGAAAAGUAGCCCGUAAGGUCGAUCCCCAUGGCCUCGAGUUCGAUGAAUACGAUGUCAUCAUUGUCGGGGGAGGUACUUCAGGAUGUGUCCUGGCUUCGCGCUUGACGGAGGAUCCAUCCAUACGCGUUCUACUCAUAGAAGCUGGUGGAAGUGGCAAGGCACUUGUCGAAAGCCGGACUCCAUCUGGCUAUGGUAGGCUACUCCGUAGCGGAGUAGACUAUAACCUCUACACUGAGCCCCAGGUACAUGCUGGCAACAAAAAGAAAUUCUGGCCACGAGCAAGACUUCUGGGUGGAUGCUCUUCAAUCAAUGCACAGAUGGCCCAGUAUGGUUCCCCUUCAGAUUUCAAUGAAUGGUCGCAAAUUACGGGCGACGAUUCAUGGUCAUGGGAGAACUUUAGUCGCUACUUCAGAAAGUUUGAGAAGUAUACUCCGGACCCGCGUUUCCCCCAUGUCGAUCCAUCUUUACGUGGCACUGACGGACCUGUACAAGUUGGAUAUUUCGCGCACAUCUGGAAAGGCAGCGAGCUAUUCAUUCAGUCUAGCAUUCAAGCUGGUAUACCCUUCAGCCCGGAUUUUACAACUACUGCUGGCACGAAAGGAACCAACAAAGUAAUGUCCUAUUUCUGCUCAGUAGCAAGCACACGGCUAACCCAAUCUAUGGAUGAUAAAAGAUUACGGGUCUCCAUGGAGUCUGCUUACCUCACGGACAAGGUACUCGAGAGACCCAACCUGAAGGUGGUCACACAUGCUCGCGUCACCAAGAUCUUGUUCGAGAGAGUCGAAGGCCAACUUCGGGCUGUGGGUGUCGAGUUUGCAAAAUCCAGGUUCGACAAUGGACCACGUUUUCACUGUCGCGCGCGCAAAGAAGUUAUCGUAUCUGGUGGAGCUGUCCACACGCCCCAGAUUUUAAUGUUGUCUGGAGUGGGACCUGCCGACCAUCUCAAAGACAUCCAUGUGCCUUUAGUGUGUGACCAUCCAAAUAUAGGCAACAACCUCCUCGAUCACCCUGUAUUCAAUUUCCGGUUGCAAGAGAAGGCCGGCAUCAGCCUGAAUUUCCUCGGAUUGCAUAAUCCACUCAGCAUUUCCCGGUUUUUGGCUCACUUUGUACAGUACCAGAUCACCGGAAAGGGGCCUCUGUCAACCAAUAUCGGUGAGGCCGUCGCGUUCUUCCGCACAGAUGACCCUGUGUUAUUCCCGCCCAAUGAAUACCCCAAAAACAUUGAGGACAGCAACUCGGGACCUGACAGCCCUGACAUUGAAUUGGUAUUCACCCCAGUGGCUUCCGUCAACCAUAACGAAGUUUUUGAGCCACACCUCCACGCUUUCUCUGUCUUGGUCGCUCUGCUCAGACCGACAAGUGUUGGCACUCUCAGACUAAAGUCUUCGAACCCCUGGGAGGAUCCUCUCAUUGAUCCGAACUAUUUGGAAACUGAGCAUGACGUCAACGCUCUCAUGCGGGGUAUCCGCGCUGGCUUAAAGAUCUGCCAUACCGCACCACUUGCAUCUAUUGUGGACACGGAUAGCAAAAACCCGAAGUUUGACCAUCACCUCAUGAACGUCUCCGAUGACGAGCUUCGGGAGCUUGUGAGAGAGCGCGUCGAGACCAUUUAUCACCCCGUAGGCAGCUGCCGCAUGGCUCCUUAUGACCGAGGAGGUGUGGUUGAUUCUCAGCUUCGAGUAUAUGGCAUCAAUAAUUUGAGGGUCUGUGAUGCCUCCAUCUUCCCGAAGUUGGUGUCUGGUCACACGGCGGGCGCGUGUAUUGCUGCUGCAGAGAAACUUGCAGAUGUCAUCAAGUACGAAUAUUCCGGAGCUCAGCAGACUGUUGUAUGAGUGCUAUCAGCUGUAAAUCAGGUAACUUAUCCGAAUGGAAGAAAGCAGUAUGAUCUUCGUUAUCUAAAAUGUACUCUAUUAUCCAAGCCGUGAACACAAUAUGUCAAUGGAAAUAUUAUUUAAGGAUGGUGUACGAUUUAUGUACGGGGCUCUACUAUAGUCAUGUAGUAGUUGUAGUUGUGUUAUUUUGUGACUCCUCGUUGACGUC